CUUACCGACUGUCGACUCGACAAUUAGCUGUCAUUGCUUGAUAUAUGUUAGUACAAGUAUUUUAUUUGUUAAAUAUAUAUAUCAGACAUAUAUAGAGAAUGUGAUAAUUGAUACCAAUACAAAUAUACAAUAUACAUAUGUCAGGUAUAACAAUGCAUAUGUCAGCGGCAAUGAAUGUCUCUGGGAUAGUAGGUAGGAAUCAUCAGUUUAUGAUUGCCAAAAAAGUUAUUAAAAAUCCAGAAGACAUGGUUAUUUGGGAAAAAUCUGAGGCUUAUUGUGAAUAUUUCGGUUUCAUUUUGGCUUUAAACGAAGCCGUUCAAAAACAAACAUUAAACGCAGAAUGUUCACAAUCACCAGCGAUUCUGAAAACAAUUUCGAUGUUAACAAAGUUUGAUCAAUGGAUAACAGAAAUUCCGCCGGUGGAGCAGCCUCAAAGAUUCGGAAACAAAUCAUUCAAAGAAUGGCUACAACGACUGCAAAAGUGUGGUGAUCAAGAAUUGAAACAAGUAUUACCAGAGGAUUUGCACCAGGCAGUACCAGAACUAGUUCAGUAUCUAUGUGAAGGAUUCGGUAAUUCAACACGUAUUGAUUAUGGAACUGGUCAUGAAAUGGCAUUUAUUAUGUUCCUGUGUUGUAUGUUUAAAAUUGGAGCGUACAAAUUAGAUGAUCAAAUUGCAGUUGUUACCAAAGUCUUUAAUCAAUAUUUGAAACUUGUGCGCCGACUUCAGCUAGUUUAUCGCAUGGAGCCAGCGGGGAGUCAUGGCGUUUGGAGCUUAGACGAUUAUCAGUUUGUACCGUUUGUGUGGGGUAGUGCACAACUUAUUGGUCAUCCCUAUAUCGAACCUCCAAAAUUUCUCGAUCCAGGAAUUAUUGAUAAGUUUCGAGGACAGUUCAUGUUUCUUGAUUGCAUCGAAUUCAUUUCAAAGGUAAAAGUUGGUCCGUUCGCUGAACAUUCGAAUCAACUCUGGAACAUCAGUGCAGUAACAUCUUGGUCGAAAGUAAAUGCAGGUCUUAUAAAAAUGUAUAAAGCUGAGGUUCUUUCAAAAUUUCCUGUAAUUCAGCAUGUAUUAUUUGGAUCUCUGUUGUCGACUAAACAAGUGUCAUCUAGUUCAAUCAAGAGAGAAGUACGCCGUUUUCCUGCAUGUUCGACAGAACUUCCGCAGCAACAACGCUAAUUGAACAGUGAAUACUUGAUGAAUUGAUAAUAUUUAAUUUUGUUCCACAAAAAGUAGAGAAGAUGCAACUUUUUCUGGAAAGGAUGUUAUACAGCUUUUUCAUAGAAAGUUUACGUUUAGCAAUAACAAUCUACAAUUUUUACAGUUCUAUUACAAGAAUUCUAUCUUGCGCAUUAUUUCUGUAUACUCUCCGAAGUGUCAAUAAAGAAAAAUCGUGGACGGUUUUUAUACGCUCGACUUAUAUCAGAAAAAAUUUCAUUUUCUAGUAAUUCUCGUAAUUUAAAAGUAAUUUUUUUUGUAUUUGACGAUUUAUAAAUCCAGUAAAUAAUUAUAAAACUUAUUCAUUUUUCAAAUAAACCAUUAAAUUUUGCAUAAACGCUUAUACUUUUUUUUUAACCAACAGUUAUGGUAUUUUUUUAUAUAAAAAAAAUUUAACUUAUUUUGUGUAAUGCCCUAUUUAAAAUAUUCAGUCUUUAUUAAGCUUUUUUUUCAUUUCGAAUGAAAUAAUUUAUUACAUUAAUUAUUAAUUCAGAUUUGAUACUUAUGGCUAAUUUAAAUUUAACAAGUCUCAAAUUAAAUCUAUUAUUUAUUCAUUUAGAACGGAGUAACUUAAAAAUAAAAUAUAUAUAAAUACUCAGUUGGGGCGUCGGAAAAAUCAAUGCAAUCAAACCAUAACUAAGAUAAUUGUAUAAAAUAAUGGUUGUAACAACAGAUAUGCUUUUGAAUCCAAAAGACCGCAAGUCGCAACUGAUUAUGUAGGUGCUUUCUUUUGGGUGUUUAUUUUUUUUCCUGUUUAUUUUCGCGCAUGCGCAGUUGAAUGCGCAGUCAGCAAAACGUCACUUUGCAACAGCGUAGGACAUAAGAGGCUGGAUCGGCCAUGUUUCAAUAGGUGCUUUCUUUUGUGUAUUUAUUUUUUCUCGUGUUUAUUUUCGCGCAUGCGCAAUUGAAUGCGCAGUCAGCAAAAAGUCAGUUUGCAACAGCGUAGGACAUUAGAGGCAGCACCCGUAUUCAGAGGAUGUUCUCAUUAGGGCGUUUUUUUUUCGAUGGUGGCGUUUGUGGAGCUUUUCUAUGUGAAAUCUAUAUAAAAAAAAUUUUGUCAAGCGCCAUCAGCGGAAAAAAAAGCCCUAAUGAGAACAAUUUUGCCCCGUGAAUACGGGUGCUGGAUUAGAGUUGUUAAUUAGCCGGUUAUUUAUUUUUUUGACGGUUAAUAACCGGUUUAAAACCAAAUGGGGGCGGGGCAUCGACGCGCAUGCGCAAAAUUUAAAGCUUCGUGAUAAGUCUAAAAUCAGAGACUUAUUUCAAUGUUUAAUAUAAUUGAUUAUUAAUAAUAUAAACAAUAAAUUAAUAUAAAUAAAUAAAUUGUUAUAAACAAAAAAAAUAUAAUAUUUGAGUAACCCAUAUAAAAUUAGAGUUGAAAAAAAAAAAUUUUAAUGAUACAUAUUGAAAAUAAAAAUAAAUAUGAAAAA